AUGGAUACUUUGAAAUCCAUGAUAUUUACUUCAUUUUCAUCCUCUUCUUCUUCCUCCUCCUCUGAUGAGGAGUCUGAUGAUGAAUAUAUUAUCACACUUUUAGCAGCUUAUGAGCAGAAUACCAGUCACAAGUAUAUACGCAGAGAUAGAAGGCAAGGUCAUGACAGAUUGUUUGCAGAUUAUUUUGCUGCAAAUCCAGUGUAUUCAGCUACAAUAUUUCGGAGACGUUUUCGAAUGCGUCGUCCUUUGUAUUUGCGAAUUUUGAAUGCAAUCGAAGCACACAAUUCAUAUUUUAUUCAAAAACAAGAUGCAGCUCAUGUAGUUGGAUUAUCUGCCCUACAAAAUAUGACUUCAGCGAUGAGAAUAUUAUCAUACGGUGUUGCAGCAGAUGCAGUUAAUGAUUACAUACAUAUUGGGGAAAGCACUGCGAUUCAAAGUUUGCAACAAUUUUGUUAUUCAGUGAUUGAAAUCUUUGGAGUAGAAUAUCUGAGAUCUCCGACACCAACUGACAUUGCUAGGUUACUUGCUAUUGGCGAGGUUCGGGGGUUUCCGGACCGGUCACCUUUGUUUUCUGAUCUUGCCCAAGGUAAGGCUCCCAUUGUCCACUACACUGUUAAUGGACAUAGUUACGAUAUGGGUUAUUACCUUGCUGAUGGUAUAUACCCGCAAUGGGCAACACUGGUUCAAACAAUUUCUUCUCCCCAAGGAGCUAAGAGACAACAUUUUGCAAUGAUGCAAGAGUCUGCCAGGAAAGAUGUAGAGCGGGCAUUCGGAGUCCUCCAAUCUCGAUUCACAAUUAUAGGUGGUGUUGUACGUUUUUGGGAUCCAAAAAUGCUUGCCAACAUAAUGAAGACUUGCAUUAUAUUACACAAUAUGAUUGUUGAAGAUGAGAGGGAGGAGCACCUUGAUUUUGAUUAUGAAAUUUCAUCUACCAACACACCAGUGCAACUUUCCUCUACUCCUACCAAUGACUUUGAAUCAUUUUUGUCUCGUCAUUUAGGUAUUAGGGAUAAAAAUGCAUAUCAUGCCCUCUGUAAUGAUUUAAUAAAACAUAUAUGGCAUUUUCGCGGUGAAAACUAG